UGGUUCACGUAACUACUACAUAUAAUACUUUCUGACAGUUCUGCAAAGUGACAACAUAGCGUACUGUGUUUGUUUCGUGUGUGAAAUGAAAUAAUAUUAAAUUAAUGAUCAUUUAAAUCAAUAACAGAUUAAAUAAUUAUUUCUGAUUGCAUUACUAAUUAAAUUCUUAAUAAUGAUGCUUCAUAAAAUGAGUUCAAAAUUGUGUCGUUUAUGUGGUAAAGAAAAACAACAAGGUACAGAUGUAUUUAAAGAUAAAGUUAAAGGUGCUGUGUUAAUUUCUAUUAUUAAUAAAUAUUUCUCAAAAGAGGUUAUAAAUAUAUCAACGUCGGAUGUAUUCUCAAAGUAUGUUUGUAUGGAUUGCGAACAGAAGAUUUGUAUAUUCGAUGAAUUUUGUUUAAUGGUUGCAAAUGUACAAAAGCAAUUAGCUGCUCCUUCCUUAGAAAUUGACUUCGCAGAGGAUAUGUUAUGUCAUUUGAAAGAAAAUGAUAGUAUUGAGAAAUCCUCAAUGAACAAACAGGAUGCAAGGAAAUCUAUAUGUCCUAUAUGUACAAAAAGUUUUAGAUGUCAAGCGCAUUUAGAAAGGCAUAAACGUAUACACACAGGACAGAGGCCUUUUAUAUGUACAAUUUGUAGAAUGUCUUUCAAUCAGCAAGAAAUACUCAUGAAACAUAUGGAAAGACACGAAGGAAAAAAACAAUUUCAGUGCGCUAAUUGUCAUCAAUCAUUUCGUUAUAAAGUAUCUUUAAAUUCACAUAUGAUUAAUUUUCAUAUGGAUAUGGAUCAGUCGGUUAUACAUGGUCAUGUAAUGGCUAUCGAUAGUAAUUCUUUUACAUGUUCAGAGUGUGGUAAACAAUUUGUAACUAAGUACAAAUUACAAAGACAUUCGAGGUGUCAUACCGGAGAGAGACCGUAUCAUUGUACAUUUUGUACUAAAACAUUUUCACAAACAGGAAAUUUAAAAGUACAUCAAGUUAAAUGUCAUCAAAUACCUGAAUCGUUAACAGAGAUAAGAGGACAACCUCAGAAUAAUACACAAGUUAUAAAUCGUGAUAUGUCAGCACCUUUAAAUAAUUUUCACGCGGUAUAUAUAUCGGAAAGCGAAAUACAGAAGACUAUUAACGAGACUAUCAAUUCAACGGAUCCUAGUACAUCUUAUCUUAAUAAAAUGUAUGAAAAUCCUCUUUAUAUAGACGACGAGAUAGAAACAAUGCUGGAUCAUGAUCUCGGUCAAUUGGAACAAAAUAAAUAUACUAAUAGUUCACAAGAUAAAGUAUCUCUUUGUUUAAAACAACCAGAGACUCCUGAAUUGUUGCAUAGUUUAUUAUACGACGAUUAAUGUGUAAUGAUAUUUAAUAUUGUCCUUGUAAAGUUUUCUCUAUACAUUUUUUAAUGUAGUGCAAUAAUAUACAUUUUAUUAGAUAUUUAAGUACAGUCAGCCCUCCUAUAACACGGUUUCCUUUCAAGAAAACCUUUUUACAACACUGUACUUCUACAGCUGCGGCGGAGCUUGUCAUUUUAAAGAUACAGUGUUGCGGAAAGUAUUUCUUUUCAUCUCCAUAGUCUGAAAACAAAAGUUUUUGGCCCAUGACUCUGGGUCUCAUACAACACCGUGUUAUAGGAGGGUUACCUGUAGAUGCUUAUGCAAUAAUUUAGAAUACUAUAAAUACAUCUAGCAAUGUAUGAUAAUUAUUAGAAAAAGAGAUUUUUCAUUUAUACAUAUAAUAUGUAAGUAUUUAUUUAAGUAUAAUA